AUGGCUCUUGCUUAUAAAGGAAUCGAUUACGAAUAUAGAGCAAUUAAUAUUUUAUCGCAGGAUUCGAAGGAUGAUCCUGAGUUUGUGAAAUAUAAUCCAGCAAAACUUGUGCCGGUCUUCGUGAAUAACGACGGGCAGGCCAUAUCUGAAAGUCUUGCAAUCAUUGAUUAUCUUGAGGAUGUCUAUCCUGAAAAUCCUCUUUAUCCAAAGGAUCCUCUUCAAAAGGCACAUGCAAAGACAAUAUUUUUAGAGAUCGCCUGCGGAAUUCAGCCACUACAAACGAUUACACUUCAAGGGAUUCUUGACCAAAAAUGUCCAGGAUACGGUGCUCAAUUCGCAGCCGAAUCGAUCACUAAAGGUCUUCGGGUAGUUGAAGAGCUUCUAAAGAAACAUUCCGGCAAAUAUGCGGUUGGUGAUAGCAUUUCGGUUGCCGAUCUCGCAAUUCCAUCGAUUGUUUUCAAUGCAAGAAGGUUGAAAGUUGAUUUGAAGCCUUUUCCGAUUCUUUCCAAAGUGGAAGCCAACAUUUGUGCUCUUGAUGUUUUUAAAAAAGCUGCUCCAGAAGCCCAACCUGAUGCUGAAUGA